UGAAGUUUUAAGUGACUUGGUGACAGUUGCUAACAACUCAAGCCCCUCUACUCGGUAAAUCGGAGAGAAAGCCCCGGAUUUUCACUUUUUUGAAUCAGAGUGCUGUAUAAGCAUGUCCAGGGGAAGAAUAACGAGAAGUGCCCAUUCAGACAGUAGUGAUGUAGAUGCUGAUGGUACAGAAUUAGAGAAAGCCAAGUUGCUGAGACAGUACCGAAUCAUGGAUGCAGACCGGCAGGCUUACAGCAUUCAGGCCCGGCAGCAAUUACGGAAACAACAGCAGGAGAUCGAGAAGCUGAGUGCCGAGCAGGAGGAGCUUCGGCAUAAGCUCAGUGCUUGUAAGAGCUUGUCCCGUCAAAAGAGGGACAAAAAGGAUGCAGACAGCCUUCAAGCGCUGAUGGAGCAAAGAGAUCGCCUAGAGGAGGAGCUGGAGAAAGAAACACAACAUCAAAAAGAGCUGCAAAAAGAGAUCUCAAAGAUGGAGAUGAAGCUGAAAGAGCUGAGGAAAGAGAAUGCCAACACAAGUGACACCCAAGGAUCUGCCCACAGGCAGAAUCAGGAGACCAUGCGCACCCUGGAGAAUAAACUGCAAGGAGUCUUAACCCGAUUCAAUGAACAGCUGACUAAGAACAGCCACCUCCGGGAGGAGCUGCAGACUCUCCAUAUUGAACGCGUUCGUUUCCAGCGGCUACACGACAGGCUGGUCCAGGAGCUCCAAGAUCUCAGGAAGAAGACUGCUGAAAUAAUCACUCUGUCGACUGCAGCCCACGAUGCAAGGGUGGAGGCUCAGUCCAAGUUGGCGAUAAUGCGAGAGAAAGCAGAGAAGGAGCUUGCCCAGUACAGCACGGAGAUGAGAGAACUGGAGAGGAUUCUUUCACACGAGUCCGGCCUCAAAGACUUCUUCACAACCAAAUACAGCGAGAUGUUGGGCCAGGAGGGGACAGAUGCCGCGUCAGGUUUGAAUGAGGACGGGACUACAGACUCGAGUAAGGAGUCACCAGAUGACUUGGAGACCUUUUUCCAGAAGAUUCAGUCUAUCACUGGAGAGGCCAACCCAGAAUUGCUGGUCAGCAGUUUCAUCCAGGCUGAAGACCGUAACUUUGCACUUUUCAAUUUUGUAAACGAGCAAAACAACGAAGCUGAAGCUCUGCGGGAGCAAAUCAAUCAUAUCCAGGAAGAGAUGGAGCACUUUCAAGAAAGACGUUUGCGACAGGAAGAGGACCACCACGCUCGGCUGAGAGACGUAGAUGCGCGGAAGACGGACGUCGAGUUGCAAACUGAGGACGUUGAGAACCGUGCCGUCGUCUUACGUAAAGUCCUGGAUGAGGUUAAAACAGGAGUGAGCAGUAUUGUCUCUAAAGUGGAGUGUGACAUGGAGGACACCAUCUGUGAUAACAAUAUUAUGCCCUAUUUGGCUUUGGUGGAGCAGAAGACCAACCAGCUCCUCACCAUACAAGCUUACCUCGAUAACAAGGAAAUCGGCAAGGACUACAAUCCCUCCGAUCUGCCCAAAUUUCUUUUUGGCCAAAACCCAGAGACACUCCAGGAGAAUAUUACCAUUCAAACUGCAAUCCAAAGUGUGGACUAUGAAACGGACAACUCGCUUGUCGUCGAUGAGGAAGAGCGGCCUCUUUCUCAGGGGGAACUCCGUAGAAGAAUAUUGGAAGGAGUUUUGCAAAGAGAGAAUGCAAGCUUGAAGUCGACAACAAAAAACUUCAAAAUGAGCCCACGUGUUCUCGAGGAAACAACGAUGGCACAGAUCUGAGCGCUGGGUCCAUACGCAAGGUUGUUUGUACACAUACACGACUCCCGAAAUGUUUGGGUGAGAUUUCCGCAUGGACUUGAGUAACAGCGGAAAUAAGGAGACGCUGGAAGAGUCAUAGCGGACGUCCUUGAAGAUCUUCACGCAUCCGUGAAGAUUUGGUCGUUCAGCUCCUUGUUAGAGAACAGGAGGGUGUGCUAAAAUUACUGAAGCUCCGAACAGCAUUUAAAAGUAUAGGGAUCAAAUUAAGAUCACAGUAAAUGCGCAUUUUCGCUCCAUGUUGAAAUUUCACCUAAAAGCACAUUUGAAAAGUGAAAUUCAAAGAAUAAUUUUCUUAUUCAUUUUUAAUGAUGACGUUUUUGGUUCAGGUCCCUUUUAAUUUUGCGUGCAAUUUGUUUAUUUGUAUCUAAUUAGUUUGGGAGCUAUAAAGUCACCCUGUGGUUACCAGCUGUACUUUUUAAUGUGUUUGUGGCCAUCUGGGUUUUGGCCCAUCCUGUUUCACCACGUGACACGGGCUGCUAUGCCCCAACGCAAAGGUUGGGGGCAGCAAAAAGCUUUUGUCAGUCUAAUUGACAUGCUGAGAUUUGGAUUAUGGCGUUCUCGCCAUGGGGUGAACAUUUUUGCAACCUCCGAGGCAUUUGAAGUUCUUUUAGCGUUUGUUGUAUUUAGGCAUUUUAUGUCGCUAUAAUCAAACUAUAUAAAUAUAGAAUAAAGAAAAUGUAUAAAAUACAUAUUUCCACACUUCCAGGUAACACUGAUUUUGACCACUUUGUUGUUGGUAAAUAAAAAUAAUAACACAUGAAUUUAAAGCCUCAAUAUAUGCAAAUCUAUAUUUUAAACUAAAAGAAUUCAAAAUAUUUGUUUUGACUUUGCUGGUUUGUUUAGCAGGUUUGAAAAUGUGGCUUUUUUUAUUGCGCUAAAGCUCCUGUGCUUCACCUAAAGCCGCUGAGAUACCCAAAUUAAAAAAGACAGAGAAAUGAUGAACAGGUUUCGAUUGUAGACGUUUUAUGUUCUGCAUGGUGCAGCAGCAGCGUGCCUAACAAUUGGAAAAAUGCGCAAAUAAACAAUGACAAUACAGUAGCCUAAAAAUAUACUAGAUAUACUUGUUUACCUUUAAUGUAGAUGAGGUUUAGCAGCUUUGGAAACACUUUCCUUUAUUUUUUCAAACUGCAGCACCUCCCCUUUUGGGCUUUGCCUUACAAUUUUAAAAACCUUGCUUUAAAAACACUACUAACCGUAGUGAAUGUUAUUUUGUCUUGUAGGAUAUCUUUGAGUCAUUACACUGUUUAUAUGUCCAAGUUUAGUUUGAGGAAUCUCUAUUUCGGUCAUUUAUUGUACAGCCUUUUGAAAUGUCAUCUUAUCCAAACAGCAGCUUCCUGUAAAACUCGAGACGUGAUUUAUUUUUAAGAUGCUGUAUUUGUACCACAGGCAUCGUGAAACAAUUCACAAAGCUUGUUACUAUAUUUGGGAAUAAAAGGUCGCCUAGA